AUGUACGGUUAGUUCUCUUGAGGUCCAAUGUGAUCCCGGCAACAAGUUACUUACUGUAAUGUUUGACCGGACUGGCCGCCGGGGAUCGCUUUUGAGGGACGCUUGGACAGGCUAACCUCACUGCGCACCUACACCUUCCACAACGCUGACCUCAGCAACAUGUCCGAGUACAAAAUGGUCCGAGCGAUACGACAUCUCACCAGCUUCAGAACUUUGGAGAUCGGCAAGUGCCCCAAAGGUUGCCUGUCCUAUGGCGCCAAACGACUCCAAGAUCUUGAGGAGUGUCCGACGCGCGGGUGCCGCGAGAAACGUUUCACGCUGGGCAAGAAUGGCGAGAAAAUUGAGCGGUCAACGCAGCGCUUUCAUGACCCCGGCCCUUUUGUUAACGCGCUUCGUGCACACCCAGUACUCGGCCCUACCCUCGCCAAUGCCAAGCCGAGCGACGAGGUCGUCGACUUGUACAAGGCGUCAGGCAGUGACUCGGGCUCUUACCCGGUCGUGAAGCGAUGGGUCGACGGCUUACACGCACGAAGGCUUUACGCAAACGGCGAUCUCAAGCCGGAUGACAUCCCUCUUGCAACAUUCUCCGACGGAACCGAAGUGCUCGCGCACUCCAACGCCAAUCGCAAGGUCAACACCCACAUCUCUGGGGUGAUACCCAUGACCUUGCCCCCCGAACUUCGUUGGAAGCUAUCAUCGCACUGUCAUCUCCGUGAACGGCCCUCAAAAACCCAAAGACGAAAAGUCAUUCCUCGAAACACUCUGUCAACAGCUCUACAUCUUCGAAGGGGAGCGUACAUACUUUUCAGCCGCUCGGGACAGGCACGUGCUUUGCAGAGACAGGAUCGUGGCUUGCAUAGCCGACACGCUGGAGCAAGCAGGCCUUGGAAACCUCGUGGGAGCAAGAGGCCUCGUUUCGUGCUUGAUCUGCUCGAUCAUCAGCAUACCUCAUUACGCACCUGGAAACACCAAAGGCUAUCUGCCGUUCUGUGUUCCUCAUGCGAAAGCGUUCGAAAACGACGAGGGAGUGAUCGUAUCGGUGCUCGACCAUCCCGAGUGGGCUGGGCUUGUCGACACCGCCACGACAUUCCAAACCCCUGGUGGACGGGACGUUCGACUGGAUAAUGAGCACAACUACAAGCACUACUGUCGGGUGGGUGAAGCAAUGAAACGACACCCGACCAAGCUCGAAUCGCUGCGGCGUCGCACGGGGAUCUCAGGCGAAGCUCCGAUCGAGGCGCUUGACCUGUUCAAGGAUGCUUACUCCACGUUCCUACCAUUGGAUUAUAUGCAUCUGAUUGGUAUCAACAGUGGAAGCACUUUCAUCAAUAUCCUCGUCGGCGACUUGGACUCGAAAGCACGCAGGCACUCCAUGACGUUGACCUCCGACGCGAUCGCUCGCAUGACUCGUGCGCAGCUGUUGUCUCGGCCGUACCUUGUGUGAGAAGUAUGGAGGACUGGAUCCCGACUCAAGGGGUUGAGUACGAGCGCAAGAUCGAGGAUGGAAGAUGGAUCAAGCAUUGCAAAAGGACUGACCUGGAUCCCGACUCAAGGGGUUGAGUACGAGCGCAAGAUCGAGGAUGGAAGAUGGAUGAAGAAGGAAGAGAGACGAGUGCCCGCGAGGCGCGCGACUUCAACCCAAGCCAACGUGUCAACCGAGUCUCGAUCAGGCGCUGGGAUCCGGCGUAGAGGGUAAUAGGCUAAAGAAGGAGUGCAAAGUAGGAGUGGAAUAGUGGCAUGAGAAGUAAAUAGAAUUAGAAGAGAAUCAGUAUGAUUGGGUUCUGACACCUUGCGAGAGUGGAGGGUGUGAUUGUCAGGCCCUUAGCCGAGAAAAGGAAAAAUGUAAAGCAAUCGAACGGGAACUGUUCAUCUUGCGUGACCUGGGACCGCUUUCGUACCAGCAAUUCAAGGAACCCGAGUUCGAGCGACUGACGGCGCUCACCAUCCGAAUGUUUGCGGCGAUGAAGACCGAUGUCUUCAGCGAUGACUCCGUUGACUUUUUCGAUCGCCUACCGGACGUGGACCGGCUCGAAAAACUUCGCCUGUACGAGCUCGAUGAAAAGGGCGAGGUUCCCAUCACGUACACCUACCUCUAUGUUCUCAUCGAACAGACGCUGCUACUGCGCGAGAAGCUUCUCUAUGAUCGAGAUCCCGAGUUCCUUCAUCUGUUCCCCCGCCACGAUCUUAUGCACGUUCCCGAUGUUAUGAAAAGAAUGGGGCCGCCUCGCGAGUACUCGGCUUGCGGAACGGAGACGAUGAUGGGUUACAUCAAAGGGGGGAUGAGAAGCAAGUCAAAACCCGUCGAGUCUGGCAUGAAUCGGCGGAGAUGCGGAACAUGAUGAUGAUCCUCCGACUCAAGUACGAUAUACCUACAAUGGACGAUCUCCGGGACACUUUGCCGAGGGAUCAUGCCUUGCAUGCCCAGCUGCCGGCCUACAAGCUGCACACGCUCAAGAAAACGGCGCAACGCCCUUCGCAAAAUUUCGUUGACUUGACCGAAGAGGUCGCAGUCUUCCACGGAGGCAGUGUCGCGUCGAUAACUCUCUGGGGUCGAAUGCAAACGACUACACCAAGAACCAUCUAUGCGAUGGACUUUGGCAGCUCGCUCGACAAAGGAUGGCGGCGCCUUGAGGGUGCAGGUGCAUCGGCAAUCACGUUGCUUGGAUCUGGUAACGAGAUGCGAAAUACGCAAGGCACCGUCAACUGCAAGACGGCUAGAUUCGUGCGAGUGAGUACCACCAAAACAACUCAUCGCAUCUGA